AUGAGCAGCUCCGGAAGAAAUGUCGCGAAGGGAAAACCUGCAAACCCCAAAUCAACCUCCAAGAAGGAUGGCAAAGACGUCUUUUACGCUGAAGUGGUUGACAGUGCUAGCGGCCAGGCAGAAUUAGCUAGUGACGUUAAUGCUAGCACUAGCAAUACCUCAAACUCAGAGCCCACACUGGCCAACAUCCUAGCAGCUAUCGGGAAAUUGGAACAUGACAUAAACUCUAGAUUUACUGCACUGGACUCAAAAUUACACCUAGUCCAAACUUCUCUGGCCGACCAUGCAGCGCACAUUGCUGAACUAGAGGGCUGUGCAACCAACCACGAGAUCCGCAUUACAGACCUUGAGAAGAGGGAGUGGAUGGGUGCAAGCUUCCUAAACCUUAAUGAGAGCAAGACCGAGAUCAUCGUCUUCGGCAAAACCUCUCCAGACCUCUCCACUGACACCUUCAGCCCCCUUGCUGCCAACAUCCGGCCCUCCGUCAGAAAUCUUGGCGUGAUUUUUGAUAGCGGCUUCAAAUUUGAAAAGCAGGAGAACAUCGUUACCUUUGUGAAGAACGAGCUGAAAAACAUCCAGAGGUCUCUGAGGCCAGAUUACCCAGAAUGCUCAGAGAGGCAGAGGAAGGAUGAGGAGGUGUUGGAUGGUGAGGAGGAAGAGCAGAGGAGGAGCAGCAGAGAGGCUUUUCUGCAGAUCACACUGCACUUCCUGAGGAGAAUGAAGCAGGAGGAGCUGGCUGAGCGUCUGCAGAGCAAAACUCUUGCUGCUCUUUGCCAACGUGAACUCAAAUCUAAGCUGAAGAAGAAGUGUGAGUGUGUGUUUGAGGGGAUUGCUAAAGCAGGAAACCCAACACUUCUGAAUCAGAUCUACACAGAGCUGUACAUCACAGAGGGAGGGAGUGGAGAGCUCAAUGAGGAACAUGAGGUCAGAUGGAUCGAAACAGCAUCCAGGAAACCAGACACACCAGAAACACCAAUCAGAUGUGAGGACAUCUUUAAAGCUUUACCUGGAAGAGAUCGACCAAUCAGGAUAGUGAUGACAACGGGAGUGGCUGGCAUUGGGAAAACAGUCUUAACACAGAAGUUCACUCUGGACUGGGCUGAACACAAAGCCAACCAGCAUGUCCACUUCACAUUUCCAUUCACUUUCAGAGAGCUGAAUCUGCUGAGAGGGAAAAACUUCAGCUUGGUGGAACUUGUUCAUCACUUCUUCACUGAGACCAAAGAAGCAGGAAUCAGCAGGUUUGAGCAGUUCCAGGUUGUGUUGAUCUUUGACGGUCUGGAUGAGUGUCGACUUCCUCUGGACUUCAACAACAACCAGAUCCUGACUGAUGUUACAGAGUCCACCUCAGUGGACGUUCUGCUGACAAACCUCAUCAAGGGGAACCUGCUCCCCUCUGCUCGCCUCUGGAUAACCACACGACCCGCAGUGGCCAAUCAGAUCCCUCCUGAGUUCGUUGACAUGGUGACAGAGGUGAGAGGCUUCACUGACCCACAGAAGGAGGAAUACUUCAGGAAGAGAUUCAGAGAUGAGGAGCAGGCCAGCCGAAUCAUCUCCCACAUCAAGACGUCUCGAAGCCUCCACAUCAUGUGCCACAUCCCAGUCUUCUGCUGGAUCACUGCUACAGUUCUGGAGGACGUGUUGAAAACCAGUGAGGGAGGAGACCUGCCCAAGACCCUGACUGAGAUGUACAUCCACUUCCUGCUGGUUCAGAGCAAAGUGCAGAAUGUAAAGUAUCAUGGGAGAACUGAGACAGACCCACUCUGGACUCCAGAGACCAUGGAGAUGAUCCUGUGUCUGGGAAAACUGUCUUUUGAGCAGCUGGAGAAAGGCAACCUGAUCUUCUAUGAAGCAGACCUGGCAGAGUGUGGCAUUGAUAUCAGAGCAGCCUCAGUGUACUCAGGAGUGUUCACACAGAUCUUUAAAGAGGAGUGUGGGCUGCGCCAGGACAAGGUUUUCUGCUUCGUCCAUCUGAGCCUUCAGGAGUUUCUGGCUGCUCUUUAUGUCCUUCUGACAUUCAUCAACUCUGGAGGCAAUCUGCUGACACACAAAUCAACCUACAGGUUUUCUACAGUGUUCAACAAAUCCAAACUAAAAUUCCUCCAGAGUGCUGUGGACAAGGCCUUACAGAGUCCAAAUGGACACCUGGACUUGUUCCUGCGCUUCCUCCUGGGUCUUUCACUGCCGACCAAUCAGACUCUCAUACGCGGCCUGAUGACACAGACAGGAAGAAGCUCACAGACCAAUCAGAAAACAGCUGAGUACAUCAAGGAGAAGAUGAAAGACUGUCCCUCUCCAGAGAGAAGCAUCAACCUGUUCCACUGUCUGAAUGAGCUGAAUGACCAUUCUCUAGUGGAGGAGAUCCAACAGUACCUGAGAUCAGGACGUCUCUCCACAGACAAACUGUCCCCUGCUCAGUGGUCAGCUCUGGGCUUCAUCUUACUGUCAUCAGAAGAAGAUCUGGACGUGUUUGACCUGAAGAAAUACUCUGCUUCAGAGGAGGCUCUUCUGAGGCUGCUGCCUGUGGUCAAAGCCUCCAGGAAAUCUGUGCUGAGUGGCUGCAAUCUGUCAGAGAGAAGCUGUGCAGCUCUGGCCUCAGUUCUCAGCUCCCAGUCCUCUAGUCUGAGAGAGCUGGACCUGAGUAACAACCAGCUGCAGGAUUCAGGAGUGAAGCGUCUCUCUGCUGGACUGGAGAGUCCACAUUGCAGACUGGAGGCUCUCAGGCUGUCAGGCUGUCUGCUCACACAGGAAGGCUGUGCUUCUCUGGCCUCAGCUCUGAGCUCCAACCCCUCCCAUCUGAGAGAGCUGGACCUGAGCUACAAUCAUCCAGGAGACUCAGGAGUGAAGCUGCUCUCUGCUGGACUGGAGGAUCCAACCUGGAGACUGGAGACUCUCAGGCUGAGUGGCUGUAAUCUGUCAGAGAGAAGCUGUGCAGCUCUAGCGUCAGUUCUCAGCUCCCAGUCCUCUAGUCUGAGAGAGCUGGACCUGAGUAACAACCAGCUGCAGGAUUCAGGAGUGAAGCGUCUCUCUGCUGGACUGGAGAGUCCACACUGGAGACUGGAGGCUCUCAGGCUGAGUGGCUGUAAUCUGUCAAAGAGAAGCUGUGCAGCUCUGGCCUCAGUUCUCAGCUCCCAGUCCUCUAGUCUGAGAGAGCUGGACCUGAGUAACAACGACCUGCAGGAUUCAGGAGUGAAGCUGCUCUCUGCUGGACUGGAGAGUCCACACUGCAGACUGGAGGCUCUCAGGCUGUCAGGCUGUCUGCUCACACAGGAAGGCUGUGCUUCUCUGACCUCAGCUCUGAGCUCCAACCCCUCCCAUCUGAGAGAGCUGGACCUGAGCUACAAUCAUCCAGGAGACUCAGGAGUGAAGCUGCUCUCUGCUGGACUGGAGGAUCCAACCUGGAGACUGGAGGCUCUCAGGGUGGACCAUGGUGGAGAGCAGAGGUUGAAACCAGGCGUGAGGAAGUAUUCCUGUGAACUCAAACUGGACACAAACACAGCACACAGAGACCUCGUCCUGUCUGAGGACAACAGGAAGGUGGCAGCAGUGAGACAGAAGAAGCCAUAUCCUGAUCACCCAGAGAGGUUUGACUACUGGGAACAGAUCCUGUGUAGAGAUGGUCUGACUGGUCGCUGUUACUGGGAGGUCAAGUGGAAAGGAGGAAUUGAUAUCGCAGUGACUUACAGAGGAAUCAGUAGGAGAGGAGACGGUGAUGACAGCAGGUUUGGACGGAACAAAAACUCCUGGAGUCUGAUCUGCUCUGAUGAAAGUUUCUCUGUCAGGCACAACAACAUCUGCACACCCAUCCCUGUCCCCCCCUCCUCUAACAGAGUGGCAGUGUAUCUGGACUGGCCUGCUGGCUCUCUGUCCUUCUACAGCGUCUCCUCUGACACACUGAUCCACCUCCACACCUUCACCUCCACAUUCACUCAGCCUCUGUACCUGGGCUUUGGGUUUUGGUUUGGGUUAGGUUCCUCAGUGUGUGUGUGUCAGAUGAAGUGAGAAUCGCCUCCUGUGUGGAGAAACACUUCUAACAUCACACAGUUAACCUGCCUGGCAACAUCCAAUCAGCUCACUGCAUUUUAAGAACUUUAGCAGCAUCGAUUUUCAUGACAAGUUG